UGUUUUAAGUCACGUGAUUUAAAUUCCAGAGAUUGUAUAAACAAGGAAGGUAGAUACCAGGUAAAACCAGUGACGGCAGACAUUACAGCAGGGGUCCUGUAAAUAUGUCAGGUUUACAAUAUCCAUUCUAUGUCUUCACUGUGGAGCAAUGUCCAAAAGACAGGGCGUCAUGGAAUGCGUCAUCAACGGUACGAGGCUGUCCUGUUGACGUCAACGGUAGGAGUACGUAUCACUGUGUCCCUAACCAACAGCUGACAACACUGAUAGAGUUCUGCUACAAUAGACAGACCGGACUGUAUGAAAGUGGGACCUGUUUAUACCUCACUAAUUCUGGCUAUCUAAACCAAGUAAGGUGCGCAGACUUCACCCACGGUUGUCCCGAAAAACCAUAUUUCAGCAACGAAAUAUACAAAUAUCAGGAAUGUUUAGCUAUUAACAAACAAUUCCAUUGCUACGAAGCAGCGGAGUCGUGUCGGAAUACAAAAAAUAGCAAAGAUGUGUCAUCCUCAACACCAACGACAUCUUUAUCUUACAUACCGAUCUUACUUGGUGUCAUGGUACCAAUCAUUUUGAUUGUAAUUCUGUUAUGUUCCUUAUUUAUAAAAUUUCAACGCGAGAGGAAUUCAAGCAACAAGGACACCAUGGAUCCAGAACAGGAGCAUCUUCUCCAGAAAGGCAAUCCAGGUGAAGAAUUUAUAGAAACUCGAGCCUAUCAGAAAGCAAGAGAAGUUUUGUUAAAAAAGAAGUAUGUUUUUAUAAAAGGAAACCCAGGAGAUGGUAAAACGACAAUAGCAAAACACCUCUUGAAAGAAUUGAAAACAUCUCAUAACAAACGUGAGAAGGUCGUCAUGGGUCUAAAGGAAUUGUGUGGAAAACAUGACCAAACGAAAGACAUUGCUUUUUUUGUAGAUAAUAUCUUCGGAGAAUAUAAUUUCAGGAGGUCAGAAAUAGAACAGUGGGAAACAACAACAAUUUUUAUGGAAAGUGUUCUCUCUGAUGAAAUUGACCAGAAGGGAAACUUUUUAAUUGCAACAAUCCGCAAUGAUAUGUAUUCGGAAAUUCUAACUAAACUGCAAUUCAAAAUGGAAUUCAUUGAAAAUGCUUUGGUUGAUAUCUCGAAUUCGGAGAACAAGUUGACAAAAGAAGAAAUGAAACAGAUGUAUGAUCUUUAUGUCCGAAUUCCAUUUCGUGCAGAUGAAUUAUACUCAGCGUUCAGUUGUGCACCACCCUUAGGCUUUCCACAAUCUUGUAAGCUGUUUGGCAAUAACACAACAUUACAAAGUAGAGGACCGAAUUUCUUUAAAAAUCCGUCCGAGUGUUUAAGUCAGUAUGUCGAAAAUAUGUAUUGGCACUCCAAGCCCCAGUUUUCCGUUCUUGUUUAUAUUCUAAUGACAAAUGACAACAAAGUUUCAAUGUCUUCAUUACGUAACCUUAACAUCGAUAUCGAGGGGAAAAGAAAAGCAAUGACUGUCCAUCCUAAAAAUAAAAAAUCUCCAAUACCUACUGAGUUCAUCGAAUGCAUCGACGGGUUAAUGGGUUCUUUUUUAAUUGAUGAGAGUGGGUUCUGUACGUUUUCACAUAGCUGUAUUCAAAACGUUAUUCAAAAUACAAUUAUCAAAUUUCAUACUAUUUUCGUUAUCAAACAUUGCCAAAUAUCAUUAUUGAAUAAUCUCCAAGUAGAAGGAAAGGGGGAGAUGGCGGAAAACAUACAAACAAUAGAAAAAGAUUACUUUGCAGAUAUUUUCAAAAGAAUAGUUGAAAAUCUCAAUUUUAGAAGCAGUGAACUAUUCAAAAUCAUAUCUGGAUUACAUUUAUGGAAAAACGACGCAUUCUGCUCUGCGUUUAAAGAUUAUGUGCAUCAGAAGGAAAAUAUUCUAUCUGAGUUAGAUGAGAAUGAUGCAUCAUUGCUGAUUUAUUUUGCAAAAGCUGGGCAAAAUGAAAUGGUUAAAUUCCUGUUGACAAUCAUUAAAACUAACAAACAAAGGUAUGAAGCAUUAAAUCAAGCAACGUUGAUGAAUCAUAGCAAAGUUGUUCAAAUCCUUUUAGAUGAAGGAGUCACUCCUGACGUUAAAAGCUGUUUCUGUGCGAUACAGAAUGGGGACUUAGACAUGGUCAAGCAAUUUAUUUCUAAAGGUCUGAAUAUAAUGGAAUUUUCUAAAUCUCUCCAUCCAAGUUUUCAACGUUCUGUUUCUAUAUUAGCUGAGUCCUGUUUAUGGGAGAGAUUGGAAAUAAUUUCUUUUUUGGAAAAUUAUCCAGACUUAUUCAAUGUGAAAUAUGACUUUGGAGAGCAUACCAUUCAUUUUAUAGCUUACGCCGGAGCGAUAGAUGCCCUUAAAGCACUUAUAACCAAGCAUAAAUGCGAUCCAUCCUUAAAAACUAAUAGAGGAGAAACGAUUCUACAUAAUGCAUGCCAGAACGGAAAACUUGAAACUGUGAAAUACAUCAUAAGUGAAUAUCCUAAACUUUUAUCUGAAGAAAAUGAUUUAUUUGAUGGUGGAUCUAUUUUACAUAUGGUUGCUGCGGGAGGCAGCAUCGAAUUAUUCAAGCUUUUAAAAAAUCAAAAGCUCAUUACUGAACAUGAAACAGGUAGAACUGUUUUACACAGUGCAUGUCAACAUGGCAGAUUUGAGAUGAGUAAGUUUCUUCUUGACAGGUUUCCUUAUUUGCUGACCAAAAUAAAUUUUUUUGGUGAAUCUGCCUUACAUGAUUCCGUUAGAGGUGGUAAUGUAGAAUUAAUGAAUUUCCUUUUAAAAAAAGGCUUAGAUAUAAACGACAGAAAUAAUUACGGAAAAUCUAUGCUGCACCUGUGUUGUAUUGAGGGUAAGAUAGAUAUAUGCAAAUACUUGGUCAACACAUAUCCUUUCUUACUCGAAGUCACUGACAAUAAUGGUCACAAUGUCUUACAUGAUGCAGUCUGGGGUGGUAACAUUGAUCUUGCUAAGUUUCUUUUAGAGAAAGGCUUAGAUAUCAAUAGCACGAGAAGUGACGGGAAAACUGUGCUACAUCAGUGUUGUAUGAAUGGGCAGACAGACAUGUGCAAAUACUUGGUCAACACAUAUCCUUUCUUACUCGAAGUCACUGACAAUAAUGGUCACAAUGUCUUACAUGAUGCAGUCUGGGGUGGUAACAUUGAUCUUGCUAAGUUUCUUUUAGAGAAAGGCUUAGAUAUCAAAAGCACGAGAAGUGACGGGAAUACAGUGCUACAUCUGUGUUGUAUGAACGGGCAAAUAGAAAUGUGCAAAUACUUGGUCAACACAUAUCCUUUCUUACUCGAUGUAAGUGACGAUAGCGGUGAGAAUGUCUUACAUGAUGCAGCUUUUGGUGGUAAUAUUGAAAUGCUUAAAUUCCUCCUAGAUAAAGGCUUAGAUAUCAAAAGCACGAGAAGUGACGGGAAAACAGUUCUACAUCUGUGUUGUUUGAACGAUAAGAUAGACAUGUGCAAAUUCCUGGUCAACACAUAUCCUUUCUUACUCGAUGUAAUUGACGAUAGUGGUGAAAAUGUCUUACAUGAUUCAGCUUUUGGUGUUAAUAUUGAAAUGCUUAAGUUCCUCCUAGAUAAAGGCUUAGAUAUCAAAAGCACGAGAAGUGACGGGAAAACAGUUCUACAUCUGUGUUGUUUGAGCGAUAAGAUAGACAUGUGCAAAUACUUGGUCAACACAUAUCCUUUCUUACUCGAAGUCACUGACAAUAAUGGUCACAAUGUCUUACAUGAUGCAGUCUGGGGUGGUAACAUUGAUCUUGCUAAGUUUCUUUUAGAGAAAGGCUUAGAUAUCAAUAGCACGAGAAGUGACGGGAAAACUGUGCUACAUCUGUGUUGUAUGAAUGGGCAGACAGACAUGUGCAAAUACUUGGUCAAUACAUAUCCUUUCUUACUCGAAGUCACUGACAAUAAUGGUCACGAUGUCUUACAUGAUGCAGUCUGGGGUGGUAACAUUGAUCUUGCUAAGUUUCUUUUAGAGAAAGGCUUAGAUAUCAAAAGCACGAGAAGUGACGGGAAUACAGUGCUACAUCAGUGUUGUAUGAACGGGCAAAUAGAAAUGUGCAAAUACUUGGUCAACACAUAUCCUUUCUUACUCGAUGUAAGUGACGAUAGUGGUGAGAAUGUCUUACAUGAUGCAGCUUUUGGUGGUAAUAUUGAAAUGCUUAAGUUCCUCCUAGAUAAAGGCUUAGAUAUCAAUAGCACGAGAAGUGACGGGAAAACAGUUCUUCAUCUGUGUUGUUUGAACGAUAAGAUAGACAUGUGCAAAUACUUGGUCAACACAUAUCCUUUCUUACUCGAAGUCACUGACAAUAAUGGUCACAAUGUCUUACAUGAUGCAGUCUGGGGUGGUAACAUUGAUCUUGCUAAGUUUCUUUUAGAGAAAGGCUUAGAUAUCAAUAGCACGAGAAGUGACGGGAAAACAGUUCUACAUCUGUGUUGUUUGAACGAUAAGAUAGACAUGUGCAAAUUCCUGGUCAACACAUAUCCUUUCUUACUCGAUGUAAUUGACGAUAGUGGUGAAAAUGUCUUACAUGAUUCAGCUUUUGGUGGUAAUAUUGAAAUGCUUAAGUUCCUCCUAGAUAAAUGCUUAGAUAUCAAUAGCACGAGAAGUGACGGGAAAACAGUUCUACAUCUGUGUUGUUUGAACGAUAAGAUAGACAUGUGCAAAUACUUGGUCAACACAUAUCCUUUCUUACUCGAUUUCACUGACAAUGAUGGUAAUAAUGCUUUACAUGAAGCAGUCUGCGGUGGUAACAUUGAUCUUGCUAAGUUUCUUUUAGAGAAGGGCUUAGAUAUCAAAAGCUCUAUACAUAGCGGAAAAUCUGUGCUACAUCUGAGUUGUUUGAACAGUAAGAUGGAUAUGUGUAAAUACAUAGUCAACACAUAUCCUUUCUUACUCGAUGUCAUUGACGAUAAUGGUGAAAAUGUCUUACAUGAUGCAGCUUGGGAUGGUAAUAUUGAAAUACUUAAGUUCCUCCUAGAUAGAGGCUUAGAUAUCAAAAGCACGAGAAGUGACGGGAAAACAGUGUUACAUCUGUGUUGUUUGAACGAUAAGAUAGACAUGUGCGAAUUCCUGGUCAACACAUAUCCUGACUUACUCGAUGUCACUGACAAUGAUGGUGAAAAUGCCUUACAUGAUGCAGUCUGGGGUGGUAACAUUGAUCUUGCUAAGUUUCUCUUAGAGGAAGGCUUAGAUAUCAAAAGCACGAGAAGUGACGGGAAAACAGUGUUACAUCAGUGUUGUAUGAAUGGGCAGACAGACAUGUGCAAAUACUUGGUCAACACAUGUCCUUUCUUACUCGAUGUCACUGACAAUGAUGGUGAGAAUGCCUUACAUGAUGCAGCCUGUAGUGGUAAUGUUGAUCUGGUUAUAUUUCUCAUAGAGAAAGGCUUAGAUAUCAAAAGCACGAGUAGUGACGGGAAAACAGUGCUAAAUCUGUGUUGUUUGGACGAUAAGAUGGACAUGUGCAAAUACUUGGUCAACAAAUAUCCUGAUUUACUCGAUGUCACUGACAAUGAUGGUCAGAAUGCUUUACAUGAAGCAGCCUGGAGUGGUAAUGUUGAAAUACUAAAGUUCCUCGUAGAUAAAGGCUUAGAUAUCUAUAGCGCUAGAGAUGACGGAAAGACUGUAUUGCAUAUGUGUUGUAUGAAUAGGGAAAAAGAAAUGUAUAAGUAUUUAUUCGACAAGUAUCCAGACUUAGUGGAUAUCGAAGACAAAUAUGGCAACAAAGCAGUUUUUUAUGGAAUAUAAAGGUAAAAGUAGCCUAUUCAAUCAAUGAAAGACAUUUAACCGCGUUUUAGGAAAGGAAAAAGUAUACCAAAAAGUCUCUCAGAGCCUUUGUGGUUGUUAAAUAAAUAGAUAUGAAUGAAUACCAAGUAUUUUUAAAGCAAAGUAGUUUAUGCAAGAAUAAUGAAAAUCGGUUUGUGUUUUCUGCCCGCUCAUACGUAUAAUAUUAAUGUAGUAAAGUUUAAGUUGAAGACGUAGAUAUCUGGAAGUGGAGUAAGAUAUAAAUAUUUGUUAUAAAUGUAUCGGAUAUUCCACAUUUUUAAAUUUACAUAAAAUUAGUUUGAAGUCACUUAAUGAUAUUGAUGUAUUUAUUGUAAUAUUAUAUCAUGAUGUAGUUUGGAAACUACUGAUCGUGAUCGUGAAUGGCAAUAAUUUACAGAUUUUUUUAUUCAAAUCAAUUAAAAAAGUUCCAUGUUGUAAAUAAUGCUUUCGCAAAUUUACAUGAUAAUUUUCAAGAGAAUAUA